AUGGGCAAAAAAGGCGGAGGAAAACACUUGAAGUCAGCUCUUCUAUCUCAGCAAUCCCGUUUGAAGGCUAAGGAGAAGAUUUCACAUGCAGCUCAGGUCCAGAACCAGAAGGCUAGUCGGAAGGGUGCAGCCUCUAGCCAUCCCUCUGCAUCUUCUGUACACCAAAAUCCUUAUGCCAAAGGGCAGAAAGCCAAAGCCUCCUCCUCCUCCUCGCUGUCUUCGUCCUCUGGACACCCAAAACGCCCACCUACGAUCCCUUUCCUACCAACAGACCGUAUCCUCCUACUAGGCGAAGGAAACUUUUCAUUCACCCGGGCGUUGGUUGUCUCCCCUCCCCCUCCUCUCCUCGAUAACCCCAUUCCUCCAACAAACAUCACUGCAACAGCAUACGAUUCCGAACAAGAGUGCUACGAAAAGUACUCUGAUGCACGGGAGAUAGUGGGACUGCUAAGGGAGACGGGUGUGAAUGUGGUGUUUGGUGUGGAUGCGACCAAGUUGGCGAGGUGUGCGGCGUUGAAGGGCAAGGUGUGGGAUAAGAUUGUUUGGAACUUUCCUCAUGCCGGGAAGGGUAUUACGGACCAGGAUAGGAAUAUCUUGACGAACCAGCUGUUGUUGUUGGAUUUCCUCGCGUCGGCGAGUAAAGUGUUGGCGAAGGGGCCUGUACGGACGUUGGCCUAUGGCAAGAAGAAGAAACGGAAACCUGGAGAUGAAGACGAAGAAGAGGACGAAGAGAAUGACGGGGAUGAGAUGGAGGAUAUCGUUCCGACUGACCAGCCAAAAUCUCGAGGAACGGUGUUGAUUACACUUAGAAACGUCGCGCCGUAUACGAGCUGGGAUGUACCUCGACUCGCAAAGAACCCACCACCCCCUCAAAUGAAAAGCGCAGCGCCGUAUCCCAAAUACACGAUUUUACGAUCAUUUCAAUUCCACCGACACAUCUGGAAAGGCUACGAGCAUCGGAUGACCAAAGGAGAACGUGCACAUGGGACUGGAAAGACUGGCGAGGGCGGUGAGGAUCGAACCUGGGAGUUCUACCUGAGCGAUGUCCAACUGUAG